GUGGACUACAUACGAGCGCUGUCACAGGGCCACCGAGCAGACCGAUUGGCCAAAGUUCAUGCGACGAUGGGUAAAAUGUGUCUGAAGCGACAAGCGUGUCUGACUUCAAUGUACUUAGCUAAUUGUAAAUUUCCCCAGUUAAACCGAUUCAUGUCUGUCCGUGCACACGGUCAUACCUACUACUACGUCCCAACCAUGAACAUCCAACGCCCAAGCACUGAACGCGAUUACAUCCCUAUUGCCGACCAUGGCUUAAUCGGGAAUCUGAGGACUGCUGCGCUGGUCAGUCUUGAUGGAUCGAUUGAGAGUUAUUGUGUCCCAAAUUUCGACUCCCCGUCCAUCUUUGCACGCAUCUUGGACAAAGACAAGGGCGGCCAUUUUUCCAUUACACCAACGGUUCCUUUCAGCACCAAGCACAACUAUUUGCCGAGUUCAAACGUGCUACAAACUAAAUUUCUCAACGAGAAGGGCGUAGUUAGUGUCACCGACUUCCUUCCUCGCCAAGAAGAUAGCAAAUCUACGCGUCCGUUGCUGUUUUGGCUCAUCAGACGUGUCGAGGUGGUCCGCGGUACCGUCCCGCUGCGCGUCGAAUGCGCUCCCGCCUUCAACUAUGCCAGAGACCCUCACGCCACCCAAAUCGUUCCCGAUGAUACCAUCCCGCUCCAAUUUUCCAAACAAAACAAGGUCGUUUUCACUUCGAGGCCUGCCGCCUCUCCAUAUCUUGCGAGUGGCGCGAGCUCGCAGAACACGUCGCAUGAGCCACUUACGCUCGAUUUGCGAUUCCUCCCCGAGUCCUUGCUUGACAAUGUCCCUGUGCCUGAGGUGUCUUUGGAGACCCUGAAUCUCAGUGCAAAGGGUCACUUGGGCUUGGCCGCGCAGACGGAGUUGACGCUCGUAGAGGGUCAGCGGGUGACGUUUGUGUUGCGGAUUGUGCCUGAGCAUAAAGGUGAUGGUGGGUCUAGUGUAGAUGAAGAGAAAGCAGAGCUACUAGGACUUGAUUAUCAGAAGUUGAUGGUGGGCGCGCAGAAGAUGAGGUCAAAGGAUGAUCCAGUCAUGACCAGCGAACUCCUCGACCACCUGUUUGUCUCUACCAAUAAUUACUGGAACUCUUGGAUCAGGAAAUCCACCUACCAGGGCUCGUGGAAAGAGGCCGUGCACCGAAGUGCAUUGGCACUAAAGUUGCUCAUCUUUGAACCCACUGGCGCCAUUGUCGCGAGUCCGACAUUCAGCUUGCCUGAAUACAUUGGUGGGACUAGAAAUUGGGACUACCGGGCCUCCUGGAUUCGUGACUCUUCGUUCACGCUAUAUGCUCUGAUUAGACUCGGGUUCACGGAGGAGGCGAAUGCAUAUAUGGAAUUCAUCUUUGAGCGGCUGAAGAACAAGAACCCAGAUGGUUCCUUACAGAUUAUGUACACGAUCCAUGGUGGCAAAGAUCUGGAGGAGAUAGAGCUUCUCCAUCUUGAUGGACACAAAGGUUCUAAGCCUGUUCGUAUUGGUAAUGGUGCAGCCGACCAUGUCCAACUGGACAUUUACGGUGAAUUGAUGGAUUGCAUUUACCUCGGACAGAAGUUCGGUAGACCAUUGUCAUAUGACACAUGGGUAUUGGUUCGGGAACUUGUAGACUUCGUUGUCGCAAACUACAAGAAACCCGACUUAUCCAUAUGGGAAGUCCGGGGCAAGGAGCGCCAUUUCACUUACUCAAAGAUUAUGCUCUGGGUUGCAAUUGAUAGAGGCCUUCGGCUGGCGGAUAAACGUUCUCUCCCUUGUCCUCACCGCCUACAGUGGCUUGCCGCACGCGAUGACCUUUACGAAGAGAUCAUGCACAAGGCGUGGAACAAGGACACGCAGGCCUUCGGGCAGAGUUAUGAAGAGACAGACGUGCUUGAUUCCUCGGUGCUCAUUAUGCCCCUCGUGUUCUUCAUGACGCCGUCUGAUGCACGGUUUGUGAGCACACUCAAGCAGAUUCUUAGGACGCCUGAAAGGGGAGGAUUGACCUCUAAUAACCUCGUCUACCGGUAUGACGUGAACAAAUCUGAUGAUGGCGUAGGAGGCGAGGAAGGCACGUUCUGUCUCUGUACCCUGUGGUGCGUUGAGGCUUUAACUCGUGCCGGUGAGUACGAGAGGCCACUUUUGCAGCGUGCAGUGGCGAUGUUUGAGGACUUCCUGUUGUAUUUGAAUCACGUGGGCUUGUGCAGUGAGGAAAUCUCGGAGUCAGGCGAGGCGCUUGGAAAUGCCGUCCAGGGUUUCACUCAUGUGACCCUCAUUUCCGCGGCGUACAAUCUUUCGAGGACUCUGGCAAAUCACUGAUCCUAUAGAUUCGUGAGGGCAGUAGAAAAGAAUUCUAAACUUCCUGCGUAGAUCAGCCUGUCGAAAUGCCAUGUUGUAAUUGUAACUCUAAUUGUUGUACAUGUAACUGCUUUGUCAUCAAUGGAUCGGAUCAUAAGUUGGGAAGCUCG